AUGUCCGACCGCCAAUGGAUAACUAUCACCGACAUUGCUGGACCCAUCGGGUUCUCCUUGUCAAUUCUCUCAAAUUCCAUCCUCCUCUUCCUUAUAUUUUCACGUAGCUCCCCUAUCAAGGGUGCCUAUAAGAAUAUGCUGAUAGUUCUAUGUGUCUUCACUGUGUUCUAUUCAUUUGUGGAGAUGAUGUUGAAGCCGUUGAUUCAUUUAUAUGAUGACACCUUGUUCUUGAUACAGAGGAAGAGAUUUGACUUGUCGAAAUGGAUCACCAGGUUGAUACCGACUACCUACUGCUGGUGCUAUGCCAUGAGUUUCUGCCUGUUCGCCCUACAAUUCUUGUACAGAUACGUAGCGGUUUGCAAACCCCAAUACGUCACCUAUUUCACGGGCGGUUACUUCUACUACUGGUUGGCACUCAUCCUGUCACUUGCCACUAGCUGGGGACUCACUGCCGCUUUCAUGUUCCCCCAGACAAAUCGAACCACAGAAAGUUUUCUAUUUGUUAUCAAGAACUCGUAUGAUUUGGAUCCGUAUUGGACGGAUUACGUGGCGUAUAAAUAUUUCGACACCGACGAGAAUCAUGUCCGAUGGGUGAAUGUGCUCAGCAUGUUUGGCGUCUUACAGCACGGUCUUGUUAUAAGUCUCAGCUUCGGGACCUUAUUCUACUGUGGCUUCCAAACCUAUGUCAACAUUCAGAAAAAUACUGGAAUGUCCAGUAGAACAAGAAGCUUACAACUGCAACUUUUCCGAGCGCUAGUUGCUCAGACCUGCCUGCCAAUGUUCAUGAUGUACAUCCCAAUCGGAUUCAUGUUCUCCUGCCCGUAUUUUGACUUACAACUCGGCGCGAUCACUAAUUAUCAGACAGUUAUGGCGCAACUCUAUCCUGGCAUUGAUCCAUUCGUUGUGCUUUUUUUGAUAGAUUCGUAUAGACGAACUAUUUGCAGAAAUACGAUAAAAAGUGGGAUGCCGUCUCAGGUGGAAUUUUCAACAACAACGGUGAAAGUGAAGCCAUCGGUCUCGUCGAACGCAUUGAUAUCGGUUGACUAA